CCCCGGCCCCGCCGUGUGGGGGUCGCCCUCCAGGCGCGGAUCACGGGGCCUGGGCACGGCCGAGCCCCGCGGCCUCAGGGACACGGGUGGCAGAGAGAGGGUGGGCUGUGCGGCCUCCUCUGCGGGGAUCGGCCUUCGCCUAGCGCCGCAACGCGCUGGACCCGAGCCGCCUCCUCUUGCCGUCUGUGCUCCCGUUCCGGCUCCCCGCUCCCCUGCCCCGUCCCCUGCACGGGAUCUGUUUCUACUUGGAGUCGUGAGACCUCUGCCAAUGAGAUGGACUGUACCUUGCCAGCAGUAGCAGAAGAGCUGUUGAAAGAGAUCAAAAAGGCUUUUCAGGAGACCUCAGACGUCCCUGAUGACCUGCUGCUGGGGCUGAAGUUCAUCUUCGGCCCAUCUGCUGUCCCGGCUUUGGAUUUGGUGGAUCAGCGUUCUGUCACCCGCGUCACGGCCCCCAGUGGAAGGAUCGCAUACCAGGUCCUUGGGAGCUCAGGCAAACUCUACACCUGCUACAGUUCCUGCCACUUCUGCACGUGUCCUGCUUUUGGCUUUACUGUCCUGCAGAAGAAUGAGAGUCUCCUGUGCAAACAUAUACUUGCUGUCUACCUCAGCCAGGCCAUGGGAGCCUGCCAGGAGCUAACUGUCUCUGAGGAGCAGCUCACAAGCAUCUUGCUGGCUGAGGAAGAGGAUGAAGGAUGAGGAUCACAUGUGGACGUGCUGUCUACGUGCCCUCCUGGUUGUGUAGCUGGCAUUUUUCUUGCCUACAAGGCUGUCAAGUGUUCAUCAUGGCUGGUAGGUUUCUUCCUGUGCUGCUACCUACUGUGGUGUUAAUUAACAACCUUGAACUGGGAGAUUAAUUAAUACAUGUUCAGGCUGUGCUGA